AUGGAUGACGAGGCAGCAUACCAUCCGUAUAUUCCCAGGCCGCCCCUUUAUUACAACGGCUACCCUCAUAAUUACAGGUAAGCUUUCAUUAAAUCCAUUCGUCAUUUUUUUGUAUUUUUACUAGGACUUAAUAUCAUUCCUCUCACUUUAUGUGUUGACUUUUCCGUGAGAACAUCAAGCGGACUUAAAAAAGCAAGAGCAAAGCAAAGUUGGCUGCAAUUAGACUUCGGGCGACAGCACGCAAGUUUGAAAAAGAAAAUGUUGACCGCCUGUAUCGGGUUCGCCUUUAAUUGCACCGUGGUCAGUUCCGUGUGAGGCAAAAAUGACUUCAAAAGAACGUUUUUAAACUAACACAGAUUUUUUCGGACCUAAUAAAUUUGAAUUAAGCGCAAAAAAAAGUUGACAGAAACAGUCUAAAUCUUUGGAAGAUCGAAUUCUAGAACUUUGUGCAAUUUGAGGAAAAAGGUUUCUGUGACGAUCAGAUCAAAAUAUUUAACUCGGUAAGCUCUUAAUUUUUCCCUAUAUUUUUUUUAAUAUGAUAUAAAAUCUCACAAAGAUUAUCCAUUAUGGUGGGAAGACCGUUUUGAUAAUUUUAUCGUACAAGUGACCUUGCCUAUUUCGGACCUUCAACCUGGUCGGAGUAACCUUGUCAUAAUCGAAUUAGUUUAUUUGCUUUGAUUCAAACCCCAUUAAUGUGCGAAUCUCAUAAAUUUUUAAGUACUAUGGGAGAAAAGUCGUUAAUAAUCGUGUUGUCAAAAAAAGUUAUCAAGUUUUAACAGCUUUCGUGCCGAAAGAUGAGUUUCUAAUGGCUUCUCAUGUGUAGAAAGAAUAGCUCUUUUUGUUUGAAAUCAAAGGGAACGUCAAAGUUAGGCCUACCGUGACCAAAAUCACGCCCCAUCGAAAAACGAUGAAAUUCUAUCGAGAGAUUCACAUGGAUCCCUGGCGCCAGACAAUAGUGGCUUGAAUAUUUGGGUUUUUAGUGGUCAAGGACAAACUUUGAAAAAUAUUCCACCUUCCAAUUUUAAUUUCAAAAACAUUUCUUUGUAAACUCAAUCAAGGAACUUUGAAUGACAUUAAAAAAAAAUUUAUGAGAUUAUUUUCAAAAAUUUUGUGUUGAUUCCGUUUUCUUUUUUUUUGGCUAAUUUAAUGCAAAUUUUCAAAAAAAUUUUUUUUUCUGUAGCUGCAAAAUAUACAUUUGUAAAUAAAAAAAGCUAACCAUCUUUUUUUCACUGAGCUUUUUAAAAGACUGUUUCGGAAGCCCAGUACACAAAGUGAUCGAUUAUGGGAUGAAAACUGUUGACAUUAAAUUGUUGUAAUAAAAAAAAUUGCCGGCUUUAUUCAGAAGCUUGUACUCCUUUCUAUUUUAAACUUCAAACAGAUGUCAAAACUAAUGGAAAUUUUGAAAACCUGUCUAGAAGCCCCUUCGUCCUAAGUCGGCCGUAUCUCGCAGAAGAGGACUAUGCCGCCGACUACUACCGCGAAGUCUUCGCCAAAACCACGGGAACUCUCGCGAUGCGCGACUACGAACGUCGUUGGCGCAUCUUCGACACUUCUUCGUACUACAUCAAAGUGCUCGCCUACGCUCAGGUUCCCUUUCUUUCUGAAUUCUAUGAUGGAAAAAAAGAGAAAGUCAAAAUAAAGAAAUAGACAGCGUAAAAAUAAAAUUUUUUUUCUGAUUUCUAAGGAUAGAAAAAUUUUCAAAAUUUUCAAUUCUCUUCAUCUGAAAGUGACGAAAAAAAUGCAAACUGGUGAAACCCUGUUUAAGUUUCGCCAUAAGUCCCUGGAAACUACAAAAUGGAACUUUAUAAAGAUACGUAGAAAUUUCCCUGGAGCCGGACACCGUGCUUAAUUAAGUUCCGCGAAAUUCAAAAUUAUCUCUGAUUACAUAAAGUUUGUUCAUCAUGUUCAAUCUAUGACGGCUAUUUUGAAUUUCGCGGAAUCCCUUUGAAAUUGGCAUAACCAAUUUAAGUUAACUUUUCAACGUUAAACAGUUUGAAAAAAAUUAAAAAGCUGAUGCCGUGUUCAAAGUAAUUUCCGCGAAAUGCAAAAUGAUCUCUGACUCUCCAAAAUUAAGUGAUCUUUUCCUUUCUCUAACGGGUAUUCGGCGGAAAUUACUUUGAACACGGCAUGAAAAAUUUUCUGAAAAGUCGAUGUUGUUAUUCGAGCAACUUUACUGCAAAAUGAAUUUUGAGCGCGAACCCAAACUUUUGAACGCGAGCUCUCUCGGAAAUCGGUAACGCGAAACGAACGUGCUCCGGACGUUUCUGGGCAUUUUCAGUGACCACUUUAGUAGCGUCAGCACUCUUAAGUGAUCCCUAGAACUGUAUAAAAACGUCCGGAGCACGUCCGUUUGCGUUAGAAAUGUCCGAACUGGAAUGAUUAAUCAUGAUUUUAAGAAAUUAAUUAAGAAAUUAAAACACAUAAUUAGAAGGUUUUUUUUAUUUCGAGUUUUCUUUGAAAUAUUUGAGGACUUACGACUCCAGGGAGUCCCAGCUAUUUUUUUUUCAAUAUGGUUUUUUGAGGUUUUCGAUGAAUAAACUCUAUUUUCAUGAAUUUCUCGAAAGAAUAACGUCUCUCUGUCUCUUGCUCAGAUCUGGGCAAAGGGGACAUAAAAGUCAGUAAACACGGUCACGUCAAUUGAACAAGGAUGUCAAGGAUAACACGCGACGCAACUAACGUGAUUGACAAAAAAAACGCCGUAAACCGUCCAUCAUUUCAUAUUGAUAAAAAGAAUCUGGAAAAUCGCGCUCUAGUUUCUUUUAACAUGAACUACCCUAAAAGCAAACACAUUGCAAGCAAAUCUUUUUAUUCUUCUUUUUUUUUGUCAGAAAUUAAAUGUGCCUCAAGGGGUGUACAAGUUCCACCAACUGUGCUUAUACGGGUUCAAUAAGGGGAACCCGCUGAGACCCAUGUUAGCACGGCUUGGCCAUCCUAAUCAGCAUGAGAGGACUAUACAGGCUAUACUCUCCCGGAGAACUGGAAAGAAAAUUACUUUUAGAAAACUCGAAUUGGAGGUUUUUCAAUGAGAUUUAUCACUGGUCCUGAGAAGCUUCUACAGCCAAAAUGAGUGACUAUAUCGCAAGCGAUACAGCCGAUAUUUUUUGCUGCGACCUCGUCAAACUCUGGCAGCCAUAUCGCUCUCUCAUGUAAAUUUGAAAUAAUUUUAUUGUUUUGUUUUCGACUUUUAUGCUUUAAUGAAUGAAAUCAGAGGAAAAAAGUUAUUAAAGGGAAUUUUUCCAGACAGCGGUAUAGCGCAAGGCGUUUGCGAGGUCGCAGCGAGAGGCGAGCGAUAUCGCCGUUGCUCGGCGAGCGAUAUCGCUCGUUGCUUCCCACGGUAUAGCGUUACUCUCGCUGCGACAUAGACGUCACAUAGUCCACAAUAUUGGGCGUAUGUGAGAUUUAAAAAAAAAGAAUUGAAAGAAUGGAAAGGGAACAUAUUUAGAUAUUCAUCGCGGGCGUUCUUCUAGUGUCGGAUGUCUCUCGCUUAGUCCUACUUUGGAACUACAUCCAGUUCAGUGGAGCCAAAAUAGAAAUGGUGCAAUAUCAACUAAUUUAAUCAAAAAUAUGAAUUCGCUUAUUCAGAUGGCACAAGCGGUUUUCCCGCUUUUUGCGUUAGUCGUUGGAUUUUUAACGUUGACAACGGUUUUGAACCCAUCAGCCACGUUGACCAAAACUGUCUCCGUCAUUUUAGUGGCAACAAUCAUCCCGAACUUUGUCAUGCCUAAGAGUUCGGCGAUGGUUUCAGGUAUGUAACAUUUUUUUGUGUCAUUGUAGAAAAAAGUUUAUAUUGUGAAGUUUGAAAAUGAAUUGACUAACACGAACCGAGAAGAAAAAGAAAAAAAGAAAAAAAAAAUCGGUUUCUGAAAAUGAUGAUCAUCAUCAUCAUCAUCCUUUAUUCAAUACGAAUAAUAAUACAGUUCAAGGGCCGAAAAAGACCUCUAACAGAACCAAUUUUCAAAAAAAGGGAAAUUUAAACAUUGAAAAACAGCAACAAACCGUUUAAAAAGUUAGAAGAUAUUUUAAGAAAGUCAGCGAGAAAGAUGGGGGUUGUUUUCUAAAUAGAUUUUUGAAUCGCAUAGAAUCAUUACAUAGAUCAAAUACAACAUCGGGAAGGGAGUUCCAAACAUUAAUUAUUCUGAUACUAAAAAACGAGGCAACGAUGUUACUAUUAUGUCUUAUAUUUGAACGUAAAUAAUAUCAGAGACACUUUGAGGAUUAGUUGAUUCCCUGUGGAUCCACUAACAUCAGAUCUUUUGAUAAAAACAUUAAAACCAUUGGUAGACAUAAAAGACUACUUUUUUAAACUGUUUCUAGCAGCGGCAAAGGCAGUGGAACUGGCGCGAGCGACUGAGCAGACGGCUUUGUGGAAGGACGCAUCCACGGACGUCGACAUGAUUCGUUCCGAGACCCACCACCGUAUAGCCAGGCUUCUUUCCUUGGCGCCUUCUUCUCGUUGGCCACUCGGCGUGUCGGUCAGAUAUUUUCCAAUUAAAAGAAAAUGCUAAUUUUUCUUCAGGACAUCACAUCGCUGCCGCAAGACUUCGUGCUCAUGAUCGAAUACAUGUUGAUAGGUUAUUCCAUUUUCUCUGCUUCUCUUAUAGUUUUCUACAUUCUAUCUUUGGUAUGCCUCUUCCGGUUGUUAUCCGUACAAUAG